GACAACUCACUACAGAAAUAGAGGUUACGUUGCUUGUCAUCUAUGCACAUUACAUUCAAUCACUGAUUUAAUCGUAGGAAAUACAAAUUAUUAAUUAAACUCAUCAUUUAGUAUACCACGAUGGAUACUGGCGUGAUGACGGACCUCGUCGUGGAUCCCAACAUCCGCGGCUGGGUGUUUUUGCCUAUUAUAGUCAUAACUUUUCUUGUUGGUAUCUUUAGACAUUACAUUUCAAUUCUGUUAUCCUCACAGAAAAAGGUUGAAUUACAACAGUUACAAGAUAGUCAAGUCAUUCUGCGAGCAAGAAUGUUGAGAGAGAAUGCCAAGUACAUUCCAAAGGCAUCGUUUUUAAUGCGGCGACAGUUUUUCAACAAUCAGGAAACUGGCAUGUUGACACAGAAAAGGGAGCAUGCAACUCCAAACAUGAUGACUGAUCCUAAUAUGAUGACAGAGAUGUUGAAAGGCAACAUUACAAAUGUAAUUCCUAUGUUUAUCAUUGGUGGAUGGAUUAAUUGGAUGUUUUCUGGAUUUAUUACAACAAAAGUGCCAUUUCCAUUAACACUUCGUUUUAAACCGAUGUUACAACGUGGUAUUGAGUUGUCCCACUUAGAUGCUUCAUGGGUAUCAUCAGCAUCAUGGUAUUUUUUGAAUGUUUUCGGUUUGCGAAGCAUUUACGCUCUAGUCUUGGGAGAAAACAACGCUGCUGAUCAAAGUAAGCAAAUGCAGGAUCAAAUGUCCGGAGCAGCCAUGGCAAUGCCUCCAGACCCAAAAGUAGCUUUCAAAGCCGAAUGGGAAGCGCUCGAAAUCGUGGACCAUCAAUGGAUUCUCCAGGAUAUUGAGAGUUCAGUAUUUGAAGAGAAAAAGUAGUCACCAAAGUACCAAGUAAUAAGAUUGUACUGAAUUUAGCGGAAAUUAUUUGAAGUAAACUUAUUUGUCAAGGGUUUGUACGAAAUAAUUUAAAAUAUGUUUUAUUGUUGUCUACAAUGUCAGGUAUUUCAUAAUAAGUAACCAAGUCA